UUCUUACUAAAAAACGAUCUGAGGAAGCUUUGUCAUUCACAUAUCAUGGCUUUGUAUCAUAUAGUAGCUUAGAUGAUGUCUCUAUCAUUGAACAAAUUCAUUUCAAAAUGGAGAGAGAGUUUGGAUUGAACCUUGCAAUCCACCAGAGAGAUUUCAUCCCAGGUGAUUUUGUGAUGGAUAAUAUCAUACAUUUCGUGGAAGCAAGUCAUAAGGUUAUUAUCAUCUUGUCUAACAACUAUCUGGCAAGUAAUUGGUGCAAAUUUGAAUUUGAGCUGUCAAAGAAUAAACGCCUGGAUGCCACCUAUGACACAAUGGUUAUGAUUUUACUUCAUGACAUUGACGAUUUAAAUAAAGAUCAGAUUUCACCUAGCUUGAAGAGCUAUCUAGGUCAGAAGACUUAUCUUCGAUGGCCUAAAGAUUCAUCACAGAAGCCAGCAUUCUGGCUGAGGCUUAAAGAGGCUCUUGACUUUGAGAUCAAUGAUUUCCACAACAUCAAUCAGAACGUCAGGCUAGAAAGGAUGUGCGACUUGGAACAUGACUCUGACCCUACUGCUGAGCAAAGCAAUAUCGAAGCGUUUGAAAUCCAAAAUAAUGAUGAUACACAACAUUUAUUGUAA